AUGGUUGGCAAGCUUACCCGGGUCGAGGGGAAGCCGAGUUCCAAGCGCGCGUGGAAUAAGCUUGAGGCGCGAUACAGCUCAAGGGCCUUGAAUUCGAGGCAAGGGCUUAAGGAGCUGCAGAGGGCAAGAGAUGCGGAGGUGCUGGCGCUUUUCCAGGUGCUGCAGGCCAGCCGGCUUGAAGGCAACAGCUUCCACCACAAUGCCGUGAUGAACUCCUUGGUCAAGGCCACCGCGUGGCAGCGAGCACAGGCCGUUUUCCAGCAGAUGCAGCAGGUCCAGGUAGAGGCGGAUCUGCCCAGCUACAACACCCUGUCGCCUUCGGGCGACUGGAAGAGGUCCCUGGAGCUUUGCGACCUCCGAUUCCGCGCGGGCGUGAGCUGCAACCUCAUCGGCUUCGUGGCUCUCGUCAGCAGUUUAUCGGAGGUCUGGCGCCAGGCUGCCCAUCUCGUGGAGUCACUCGCCAGGUCAGCGCCUGCGGACGUGCAGGUGGGCAGCGCGCUGCUGAGCGCCUGCGAGCGGCGCAACGCCUGGGUCGCGGGGAUGGCGGUGCUGGGGGCUAUGGGCACCAAAGACGACACGCCACCCAACCGGGUCACCUGCAACGCCGCCACUAGCGCCUGCGGCGGAGCAGGCCGAUGGCAGCUGUCGCUGGCCUCCUCCUUCAGCUUUCGGCCCACGGAAGUCACCUGCAACGCACUGCUCAGCGCCUGUGAGAAGGGCGGCGAGUGGCAGAGGGCUCUGCGGGUGCUGCGGGCCAUGCCCUGCUGGAGGCUGUCGACGGAUGAGAUCAGCUGCAAUGCCGGCAUCAGCGCCUGCGCCAAGGCUGGAAGAUGGGAGUAUUCCUUGGACGUGCUGGACACGCUUCCAGGCUGGGCGCUGCAGCCGGAUGAGAUAAGCUACACAGCAGCAAUCAGCGCUUGUGACCAGAAGGGCAAGUGGCUGUCAGUGCUCCGCUUGCUGCAUGGCAUGGACCAUCUAUGGGCAGCACCCAAUCAGAUCUGUCUGAACGCAGCAAUCAGCGCCUUUCAAAGUGGGUAUCAGUGGCACCUGGCAGUGGAGCAACUCUUUGUCAUGAGCGACCACAAGCAUUUUCCGGACGAGCAAAGCUUCGGCAGCAGCAUCUCCGCCUGCCGAAGCCACGGGCAGGGCCGCUGGGCGCUGAGGCUGCUCCAGUGGAUGGACCAAGAAGGACUGGCGAAUGAGAUUUGCCGCGCAGAAGGGGUGGAGUCCUGCAUCGUGAGCGGCCUUGUGCUGGACGCAGUGAAGCAGAUGGAGCUGUUGAAUCCUGGCCAAUUAGAACGCGUCCUCGUUGACCCGGAUGUGUGGCAUGGCUCGCGGAAUGCGAGCGAUUCGGGCGAAAACGAAGGAAGAUACGCCCACGAGUGCGAGUCCAAAGUCAUGUGCUCCAUGUUCGAGUUGUAUCGGGAUGACUUGGUGGACUUGCUCUACACUAAAGUCAAGGGCAAGGCACCGCCCCUGCUGGACGUGAAGAAGGACAUCAGGGGCACGGUGAAGGUGGAGAAUGCCGUGGAGAUUGAGGCGGCUCGCGCAACCCGAAACCAGGUGGCCAGCCCUGAGGAGCUGCAGAAAGCGAUUCAGACGGGGAUGGAGAGACGCCACGCCUGA